AGAAACCGGUACAUAAUUCAAGCAAAACAGAAAUGUGUUUUAACAAAUACUUAAUUAAACUGGCUGACUACUUUCGAUUAAGCACAUCUCGUUAAAUAAACGGAGCAUUAAAAGUAUUCGAGAUGAGUUACAUCAGUAGAAUUGUAAUUACAAAUUUCAUUUUGUGCUUUUGCAUGUCGGGUGUGUGGAGUAGAUCAUGGGCGAAUCAUCACGACACGACUACCUCGACUACCCAAACAACACCUACGACUAGUUCAGUACCUAAGAAUAUCCACAAUGAUCCUCUUAUCGUCGAAACUAAAAGUGGACACGUUAAAGGUUAUGCUAAGACUGUGAUGGGGCGCGAAGUACAUAUCUUCACUGGAAUCCCAUUUGCUAAGCCUCCUCUAGGCCCACUAAGAUUCCGCAAGCCAGUCCCAAUUGACCCUUGGCAUGGAGUUCUCGAGGCAACUGCAAUGCCAAAUAGUUGUUACCAGGAAAGAUAUGAAUAUUUCCCUGGAUUCGAAGGUGAGGAGAUGUGGAACCCUAACACUAACAUAUCAGAAGACUGCCUCUACUUGAAUAUAUGGGUGCCACAGCAUCUAAGAGUUAGACACCAUCAAGAUAAGCCUCUUACAGAAAGGCCCAAAGUUCCUAUACUAGUAUGGAUUUACGGUGGAGGCUAUAUGAGUGGAACCGCUACUCUUGACCUGUAUAAAGCCGACAUAAUGGCCUCUUCAAGUGAUGUUAUAGUGGCAUCUAUGCAAUAUAGGGUGGGAGCAUUUGGAUUUUUAUAUUUAAAUAAAUACUUUUCUCCUGGAAGUGAAGAGGCUCCAGGUAACAUGGGUUUAUGGGAUCAACAAUUGGCUAUUCGUUGGAUUAAAGAUAAUGCUCGUGCCUUUGGUGGCGAUCCUGAUUUGAUAACUUUGUUCGGGGAAUCAGCGGGUGGUGGCAGUGUUAGUCUGCAUAUGCUAUCACCUGAAAUGAAGGGACUUUUCAAGAGAGGCAUAUUACAAUCUGGAACAUUAAAUGCACCCUGGAGUUGGAUGACUGGAGAAAGAGCACAGGAUAUCGGGAAAGUGUUAGUUGAUGAUUGUAACUGCAACAGUAGUCUUUUAGCUGCUGACCCCAGCUUGGUCAUGGACUGCAUGCGGGGAGUGGAUGCAAAAACGAUAUCGGUGCAGCAAUGGAAUUCGUAUACCGGCAUAUUAGGUUUCCCAUCGGCGCCAACUGUGGAUGGUAUAUUUUUGCCAAAAGAUCCUGACACGAUGAUGAAAGAGGGGCAAUUUCACAACACUGAAGUACUGCUUGGAAGCAAUCAAGACGAAGGAACGUAUUUUCUGCUGUACGACUUUCUCGACUACUUUGAAAAGGACGGCCCGAGUUUUCUGCAGAGGGAAAAGUUCCUAGAGAUUAUUGAUACAAUAUUCAAGGAGUUCUCUAAAAUCAAGCGAGAAGCUAUCGUGUUCCAAUACACCGACUGGGAAGAGAUCACAGAUGGGUACCUGAACCAGAAGAUGAUUGCUGAUGUCGUAGGUGACUACUUCUUUGUCUGCCCCACGAACUAUUUUGCUGAAAUUCUGGCUGACUCCGGGGUCGAGGUCUACUAUUACUAUUUCACUCAUCGUACCAGCACCAGUUUGUGGGGUGAAUGGAUGGGCGUGAUGCAUGGCGAUGAAAUGGAGUACGUCUUUGGGCACCCCUUGAACAUGUCCCUCCAAUAUCACAUUCGGGAACGUGAUCUAGCCUCGCAUAUUAUGCAAUCGUUUACGAGAUUCGCUUUAACUGGGAAACCGCACAAACCGGAUGAGAAGUGGCCUCUGUACUCACGGUCGUCGCCCCACUACUACACAUAUACCGCUGAUGGGCCUAGCGGACCCGCCGGCCCACGUGGACCCAGAGCAUCGGCCUGUGCUUUCUGGAACGAUUUCCUCAACAAACUCAAUGAGUUAGAACAUGUCCCGUGCGAUGGAGCAGUAACCGGCCCUUACAGCAGUGUCGCGGGUACCACACUUCCCUUAAUGCUUCUCACAACAUUAGCUAUCACUGUGGCACUAUAAAUAAUUCCCCUUCAGCCGUUGAAGGCACCAUUGCAAGGUUAAUUGCAAGUUUAAAUGUAAUAUUUUUGAUCGUCAAUCACAUAUCGUUUAGAUGUUAGGUCAUAAAUUAAUUGGGAGUUGCACUGAAAUGUUAAAAAUAAGACGACCUUCUUCGUAAAAACACGCUCUCGAUAGAGUCCAAAACGAAAUUGGAACGCGUGAAAUAUAUUUUGUGUUGUCAAAUUUUGCACUUCUUUAUUCAAGAACUUUAACAGAGUUUGACGCCAUAAAAUGUAGUUUCGAGUAUCUAAAGUUUUGAUGUCCAAUCGAAAAGGUAAACCUUUUCGAUUUCGUUUAUAACAAAGUGCUACUGAUUCGAGUACGUCGCAUCCCUUACUACCAUCGCUGAGAACAGUAUUAUUUAAAUAUUAUUGAAGUUUUGCUUCAGAAUU